GUUGUGCUUGCAAUACCAAAAGAGAAACUUUCUAUUUGUAGUGAGUGAGUUUUAGUAAACCCUUUUGAAGAAGAAAGAUGACAUCCCAAUACCAAGCUGGUGAGACCAAAGGCCGAAGUGAGGAAAAGACCAACCAGAUGAUGGGCAAUCUUGGGGAGAAGGCCCAAGAUGCAAAGGAGAAGACCCAGGAAACGGCCCAAGCUGCAAAGGAGAAGACCCAAGAGAAGACUGGUGAAGCUAAAGAAAAGGCCUCAGAGAUGGGCCAGGCCACGAAGGAAUCGGCCCAGUCAGGAAAGGAGAAAACAGGUGGGUUUCUGCAGCAGACAGGGGAAAAGGUGAAGGGUAUGGCUCAGGGUGCAACAGAGGCUGUGAAGCAAACACUUGGGAUGGGACAUAAUGAUGAAGACGAGGACUAUAACCGAACCCACAAUCGUUGAGAUUACUAGUCACUGCUUUAUUUCAGUUAAUAAUGAAUGUAUUUUGUGUUUCUUAAAUACGGCAUGCUUUUUUUUUAGAAUAAUUUGUGCUUCCCUUGUAAAACCUCUAAAUGAGGGAGGAAGGGGAAUGUACUAUAUUGUCUUGAGUUUCUAUUUCCAGUUUCAACUAUGUUGUAAUGCUAUAAUUUACCUAUAAUCAUGGCGUCGA